GCCAAUAGAUUUAGGGCGAAGCAGCUGUGUUGGCGUCGUGAGCUCCAGUAGGACACAGUAGAGUGAGUCUGGUUUUGAAGGGUCCAAAGAAAAAUGGCAAUAACACUGAACAAUGGGUUCAAAAUGCCAGCAGUCGGCCUUGGUGUUUGGCGCAUGGAAGGAAAAGAAAUCAGAGACCUCAUUAUCAAUGCCAUCAACAUUGGUUACCGCCAUUUUGAUUGCGCUGCUGAUUACAAAAAUGAAGCAGAAGUAGGGGAGGCACUUGCAGGAGCAUUUUCGACUGGGAUUGUUAAGCGAGAGGAUCUCUUCAUCACCACCAAGCUUUGGAAUUCAGAUCAUGGACAUGUUGUAGAGGCCUGUAAAGACAGUCUGAAGAAACUUCAGUUGGAUUAUCUGGAUCUAUACCUUGUUCACUUUCCUGUUGCCACCAAGCAUACUGGUGAUUAAUUCCUGCUUUUCUCAUUA